AUGGAACGAGGGCCGCCGCCGCCACAGCAGCAACAGCAACAGCAAACACAGCAGCAACAGCAACAGUGGCAGCGGUCACAACUGCAACAGCAGCCGCAGCAGCCACAACAGCAACAGCAACAGCAGCACGAAGGCUCACAAGCGCAGAGGCCGCGUCGACCCCGAGAAGAUCUCGACCACCGCGACAGGCUGAGACAAGUCAUGAACCGCCUGAGCCGAAUCCACGAAAUGCCUCACGCGUACGGCGACCGCAUACCGAGCCAGAACAGCCUCUACGACUGGUCUCCCGCAAACGAGGCCGACGACGAGGACGAGCUCGACACGAUCCUCGCGGAGCUCCGGCGGGAGCAGCCGAACGCACACCCAGAGAUACUACGAUCGGCGGAGAGCUCUCUAAGGUCUGCGGCAAUCCUGCAGUCUGUGCGAAGACAUCCCCGAUUCGCUUCCCGCACAAGAGAUUCCAUGAUACGGUUCACUUCUGACAGAGAGUCUGGCAGUAGGUCGCCUCACCAGUCCGACUCGAGAGAACGCUACAGCCCGUCCGAGAGCCGCGAACGUGACCGUGAGCGCGACUCACGCGACAUGCUCAACCGCAUAGACUCCUUCCGCCGAAGCUACCUCGACCGCACAUCGGUUCCACCCCCGACGGUGUCGCCGCUGCUCGAGCGGACGAUCAAGUACCUGUCGCGGAUACGGUACUCGAACCAGACCGACGAGAGCCUCAGCUCUGCAUUCGAUGAUGAGAUCCUUAGUAAGGACUACUUCUUCGACGAGAGCUCAGAUUUCGUGUUGGAGACUGUCACGCUCCCACCCCCAGCGAGGACGUCAUGGCUGGCUCCAGGCGCCGUGCUGUCUGGCUACCAGCAUGCCACCACCAUGACCUCGACGGUGACGAACGACGGGCCAUUGACUUCAACUUUCUAUGAGUCGGGUCGCCCUUGGCCGAAUCAAACGUACACUCAGCAAAGGCGAACGGCACCUACAUCGGGGCCAGACCUCAUAACCGCCCAUUCGCCGCAGCAGGACCGCUGGCCCGUGAAAGUAACGAUCCACGCCGUUGAUUAUGGCAGGAUGACACUGUCCGCAACAAUGGAAGCAUACAAUGUUCCCUCACACCCGCACUCACUUCAGAAUGCAUCUACCGGAGAUGCAGACAGUAAUUCCGCGCCCGCCACACGCACAUCCUCCAUCACGACCUACCUGGAAGGCGAGAUUCUCGACUUCAACCAAUUCACCCUCUUAACCGAAUCUUUCAAAUCGAGCGCCACGAACGACGCAACCUACUGGCGCAAGCUACCGCCCUUCCAGAACAUGACUGACGAAGAGCUUGUCAAGAAUCUGACGAGCCGACGGUACUACGCGGAGGUGUUAAGCAAAGAAUGGAUCCUUAUGCGCUGGAAGGAACGCUGCUUCGUGAAGUCGCUCAACACCCACUCUUCACAUCAGCAUGCACGUACCUCGUCCUCAUCGUCCGCAACAGAUCCCCCCCGCAACAAUCCCGUCCAGCAACACCACCCCUCGCGACCCACAGACUCCUUCCUCUCGACCACGAGCUCCGUAGAAAACCACUACACCUCCCGCACGCCCUCCGCCGCGACAACGCCAUGGAACAGCAACCCCCAACAAAGCGACCCCUCGGCCCCGACACCGUCCGGCCCCACCGAACCCACCGCCUUCGACGAAUCGGGCUGCGGCCUCACCAUCAGCGGCUUCUACUACGUGUGCCUGCGGCGCAGCGACGGCCGCCUCGAGGGUCUGUACUACGACCCCCACUCCAGCCCCUACCAGUGCCUCAAGCUGGACAGCGUCAACGGGGGCGUCUUUCCGGCUUGGGGGUUCAGGUAG